AGUUGUCUCCCUUGAGUGUCUGACAUGGCGUCAAAGCGGCAAAAGUUGAAACUUUCAAAACGAUCUUCGACCUCGGACUGUAACGACUCAAAACUCGACAGCAGUUCGUCUACGAAGGAUAAAAGCUUUAAUGAUACUUCGUGUAAGAAUGAUGGCAACAGUUCUUUUACAUCUAAUGGCAGACAAAAUGAUAUUUUCAAGAAGUUACGGCAGCAGCUACAAGAUCUUCAUGCUAAUGUGCAGCCACCUCAGUUCUCUAAAUUCCCAGUUUUCAAGGUUAAUAAUGUUGAAUGCAGUCAUAAUGAAGCGUUGAAUAAUUAUGAAUCGAAAUGGACACCGUUUCCAGAAUUCUGUUCCAACUGUGCUACAGAUGUUCAUUGUGGAAUCACAGAUCAACUAAAUGCCGGUUCUUCUGAAACAAAUGAUGCUUGUACUUUUUCACAACUUAUCAAUCAUUUUCACCAAGAACAUUUAAAUAACAACCAAUCAAAUUGCAUUGAAAAACUAUCAAAUUUCAAUCCAGGUACACCUCACCAACGCAGUUUACUUGAUGUGAAGAAACCAGAUUGUAUGAUUAGUCCUGAUCUCUUCACUUGUCAAUCACCAGUGGAACCAAAGCCAAUCGUCAACAAAGAAACUAAUGGGAAAGCAGUGGCAAAGACCUUAUUUCCUUUGCCUAAUGCUCAAAACAGCAGUUCAUCAGACAAUAACCAACAGGGGGAAUCUUCAUUGAUCAAACAAUGUCCAAUCUGUCAGGAAGUUUUCUCACCUCAGAUGACCCUGAGGGCAAGAAGUACACACAUAGAAGUUUGUCUUGACACCGCAAGUAGUGAUAUCUGGGAAGAUGAUUCAUAAGUCACAACUAGUGAAACCAUCAACUAGAUAUUCCGAACAAAGGAAUUUUAGGCCACAGCAGCAGAUAGUGAAGAUAAAUAUCAAUGACAAUCACUGAUUCUUUGCAGCCUCUGUUUCACCCUAUCUAUAUACAUCUGCAUACAUCAUCUUCAUCAUCGUUUAACGUCCGCUUUCCAUGCUAGCAUGGGUUGGACGAUUUUGACCGAGGGCUGGUGAACCAGAUGGCUGCACCAGGCUCCAAUCU